GGGCCGGGGGCGGCCCCGAGGACGGCGCCGGGUGCAGCAUGGGCGGCCCGCGGGCCUGGGCGCUGCUCUGCCUCGGGCUCCUGCUCCCGGGAGGCAGCGCCGCGUGGAGCGUCGGGGGAGCCCAGUUCUCCGGGCGCAGGAACUGGUGCUCAUACGUGGUGACCCGCACCAUCUCGUGCCACGUGCAGAAUGGCACCUACCUUCAGCGAGUGCUGCAGAAUUGCCCCUGGCCCAUGAGCUGCCCAGGGAACAGCUACAGAACCGUGGUGAGACCCACAUACAAGGUGAUGUACAAGACAGUGACCGCCCGCGAGUGGAGGUGCUGCCCGGGGCACUCGGGGGCAAGCUGCGAGGAAGUUGCAGGCUUCUCUGGCUUCGUGGAGCCUGGCUGGUCGGGCAGCGCCAUGAGGCGGAUGGCACUUCGGCCCACAGCCUUCUCAGGUUGCCUCAACUGCAGCAAAGUGUCGGAGCUGACUGAGCGGCUGAAGGUGCUGGAGGCCAAGGUAGCGGUGCUGACUGUCAUGGAGCAGGCAAUAUCCCCAACCGCAGCUUCCCCCAAGGACCUGGCCCCGCUCUGGGGCUCCCCAGCUGCCCAGGGCAGCCCUGGGGAUGGAGGCCUCCAAGGGCUACCUGGAGCCAGAGAAAACACGAGGGCCCCACUGCUCCCUCGAGAUGAUCGGGUUGGUGCCCGGGGGCUUCCUGGGCCCAUUGGCCCCAAGGGAGACACUGGCAGCCGUGGCCCGAUGGGGAUGAGAGGCCCACCAGGUCCACAGGGCCCCCCAGGGAGCCCUGGCCAGGCCGGAGCUGUGGGCACCCCUGGAGAGAGGGGACCUCCAGGCCCACCGGGGCCUCCUGGCCCCCCUGGCCCCCCAGCCCCUGUGGGACCACCCCACGCCCGGAUCUCCCAGCAUGGGGACCCGUUCCUAUCCAACACCUUCACUGAGACAAGCAGCCACUGGCCCCAGGGACUAGUUGGACCCCCAGGCCCCCCAGGGCCCAUGGGUCCCCCUGGACCUCCUGGUCCCAUGGGCAUCCCUGGGAGUCCUGGACAUGUGGGACCCCCAGGCCCCACUGGACCCAAAGGAAUUUCUGGUCACCCAGGAGAGAAGGGCGAGAGAGGACUGCGUGGGGAGCCUGGCCCCCAAGGCUCCACGGGGCAGCGGGGAGAACCUGGCCCCAAAGGGGACCCUGGUGAGAAGAGCCACUGGGCUCCUAGCUUACAGAGCUUCCUGCAGCAGCAGGCUCAGCUGGAGCUCCUGGCCAGACGGGUCACCUUGCUGGAAGCCAUCAUCUGGCCAGAACCAGAGGGGUCGGGGGAAGGCCCUGCCGGCAUGGGCACCCCCAGCCUCCUGCGGGGCAAGAGGGGAGGACACGUGGCCAACUACCGGAUCGUGGCCCCCAGGAGCCGCAACGAGAGAGGCUGAGGGCGGUGGCGGCCCCUCGGGGUAGGCCAGGCCAGGCUUCCCUUCCCAGCCAGGACUUGGCCAGCUGCCUCCAGGGACUGCCCAUCCAUAUUUAUUAAUGUCCUCAGGGUCCCUUUUGCCACCCAGGCUUUUGGGUAGGCAGGUCUGUCUUGGCACCCCAUGCACAUCUGCCUCGUAGGAGGCUGAGCAGGGACUGGGGCCUGAGAGGGAGGGGUGGCCCAGACAAGAGCUGAGACCUUGCUCAGGGCCCUGGGCCUGUUUCCCUCUGUGAAAUGGAGUGAUGCAGGCCUACAGGGAGGGGGUGGCAGGUUCGAGGCUUCUGCCUUCACAUCAGCAGCCUGGGCAUCCAGGCCCCCAGGCCCUGAGGAGCCAGGAGCUGGGGCUCUGCCUGGUCCUCAACACAUGCAGGGAUGAUGAGGGAGGGCAGCCUUACUGCCCCCUCCUCCCCAGCCAAACCUCCAGGAGCCCACCUGCCCUCUGCGCCCCUCCUCUCCUUUUAUUUGGUGCUGGGUUCCCAACCCUGAGGUCAAGCUACUUAAUCUGACCAGACAUUCAGGGCUCCUUGCCUCAGUUCUGCCCCCAGAGCCCCCACCCCCUCCCAUGUCCCUGGUUGGGGGGGUAGGGGGCAUGGAGAGGAAGGGGCCACCUACUCCCGCAGACUUUUGUGAUUGAUGCCAGGAGGUAGAUGUGUACCAGCCAAUAAAGGCCCCAGCCUGAUUCCCCA